CAUCAUAUACUGCUUUGCUCCGUCCUGCGGUUUUCUAUGGCAGCAGGUCAGGCGGAGGACUGGGAGGAGCAGUCUGGCAGCAAGCUUCAUCCUUCACUAAGCGCCCGGUGUUCUGAAUGCCGCUGUCAAGUACGGCGUAACAAUGUAGUUCAGCGACUCCUUUGGCUUGCGGAGGUGGUGGGCUGAGCCGCACGCCGUUUCCGUCCUGGUCGGUGAGUGAAAGAGAUGCGGCGACUUUUCCUACACCGCUCCUUGUGCACGUCAGGACGACUUCGACGGAGUGAAGGAAUACUCAUCAAGCAAGUUUACCCGCGGAGAGAACCAGCCCUGCUCCUUCCUCUUCCGCGCGGCUACUUCCGGACCCGGAAGCCUUACAAACCUCUGCGCCUUCCUCUUGUCUCUUUUACCCCACGCCUACCUCAGUUUCGGUUCCUCCACUUCACCACGCUCUGGGCGAUCUUGCGCUUGCAGAACUCCAAUUGCUCUAGACAACAUGAAGCGCAACCUCACCCUACUUGCGGGCGCGGCUCUGGUUGUUUUUAGCUUCGCCGCUCCUGCUAAUGUACGGGACCGGUCUGACGGGCAAAAGCUUCCUCUCGACGCAACCCUCGACGACGGGUUCCCUAGCACCUCGAAUCAACACCCGGAUGACGACAUGCUCCAAGCUGCUGCUCUUGGCGUCAACACCUCCGCUUCCCUCCUUAUGCGUGACGGCAACACCCUCGAAAAACGACUCAACCCAAUCACCAUGCCGCCCACCGUCAGGGUUGUAAUGGGGAACGACCCGGCGGGCAAGUCCCUGAAGGAUUUCCGUCAGCAUGUCGGUCUUAAGUUCGGCGACGAACUCCGAAAAGACAUUAAGACAGGUCUCAGUGCUCUCUGUCCUUGGGGCCAGACGAGCUGUCCCACCGAUGGCGUGGAUCCGUGGAAGAUAGAGCCGAUCUACUACACCACCAAGAAUCAUGAGCUUGCUUCCAACGCUCACCUGAACCUCCGGAUCAUCAAAUCUUCUUUUCCGGAAGGCUAUUUCGGGCUGCGCGAAAUCCUGAUUGAUGCCGUCGCCGGAGCCUACGGGGCUAUAUCCGCCACCGAUCAAAACUGCUAUGACGCCUGGGCGACUGGCGAGAAGAAGCAUAUGUGCAAUGUAGUCGAUUUCGUUGGGGUAGAAAUCGCUCACUGGUACGGGCGUGCGGACGAGCUCCAAGAUCCAGGCGCCUCGCUGUUUGUUACUCUGACUUCUAGCGGCGCCACCAAGAAGGGGAAGUUUGACUGCAUAGGCUCCCAGACGCCAGUACACAACUUUCUCGACAGCGACAAGACCGGCGACAAAAUCGCAGAUAUCCUUGGAGCAGCGAGGACCAGCAUGGGGCGGCGUGUCGACUGCCCGCACACUGGAGUCAUAGAGAGAGGUAUCAUUCCCGCGCCCGUCACAUCCCUCGAAAAGCGAACCACGAAUACGGUUCACCUGGGCAUAGGGAACGAAAAGUCGCAUAUCGGCGUCCUGGUUGGACAGAAUCUUGGUGCUGCGAUUCGGCACGGUCUCGAUAUUUUGUGCCCACCGGGCCAGGGAGGAUUCGAUACCUGUCAUAAGGACCCUUAUCUGGGCAUGACAGAUAUUGCCCGCAUUGGACAUGACCAUGGUGCAACCGACAACAAGUACAGCGAUGACGCUAGUAUGAAAAUGUGGGUCACGACAAGCUAUUGGCCUGCAGAUCGCUACGAAGGCAUGCGUGAGGCCCUUAUUCAAGUCGUUUCCUUAGCCUUCCAAGCCUACACCGACAAUGAGAAGAAUUGCUACGACGUUACGCUCCACGAGAAAGGAGACGGCAUGUAUCGGCGAUUUCAAUUCUGCAACAUCGGAGAAAUCGUCCUCGCCCAUGUCAACGACAUAGCGUGGCUCAUGGUCAAGAUAUACUUCAACGGCAAGUCUGAUGACGGCUCACUCGACUGCGAAGCCACAAAGGUCGAUGUCUUCAAUCACCUGGACUAUGACCCUGGAGCUAGGAAAAAAAUAGCCGGAAUUUUGCAGAUCCCCAUGGAAGAGCUGGGCUCCACCAUCUCGUGCGAGACAUAGAACUUAGCAUGGGGGAU